GCGCGAAACGUUUGUACUCCGUACGUACCUUUAUUUUUUGUGUAUCGUAAAUAGAUAAUUAUAAAGUAUGAAUCUUGAUGUAAUUGUGUUUUCUAUCAAUUUUUUUACUGUUUUAUUGUGCGCGUAAUAUAGUUACUAUGCCAAAUAAUUUAUAUAAACACAGGAUGCGCAAAGAGGUUUAAAUCAGUGCAGAGUUUACUAUAGAACGCUUGUUAAAAAUGGGCUCAAUCGUGUUAAAAAGUUUAUCUAUCCUUUUAGGGGUAUUCUUUAUAUUUGUUGGUAUAACGAAAUUGACACCGUUUAUUUCUAAGGAACUGCACAAAGAUUUGAGAAAAGAAUACGUCAGAUAUGCCAAAGUUUUCCCCUUAUCUGAAACAUUCGAUUUCAAGUUACCAUCAAAAUGGUACAGGAGAACUGUAGGAGGACUCGAGAUAUUAUUUGGCUUAGCGUUAGCGAUUAUACCAAGCCAUAAGGUGAAAAAUGCGGCGAAUAUAGGCCUAGUGCUGCUAAUGAUUUUGGCUGCUUACUCCCAUGUGAUGGUGGGAGAUCCGUUCGAUCGUUGCGCGCCGGCCUUGGUGUUCUUUUUCAUGCUCAGUGGGAGACUUGUCGUUUGGUAUCAAACCAGUCGUCGCGAAGAACUAGAGAAGACGGCAGCAACACAAAACGGAAAUGGCCUCAAACGAGAAUAGACGAUAAAAUAUUUUUUUUUCUCAAAAUUAGAAAAUUAUAGAUUUUUUCAAUUAAGUAUCCUAGUCCGGAUUUGGGAUAUCUGUCUGUCGGGGAUAUCUGUCGGCACAUCAGUGAUUGGAAUGUAAAUUGGUAAAAAAAGGAUCAUAUUUUAAUUUGAUAAUGUUAAAGUAUAAAGUGCGUUUGUAACGUCACAUGGUUGAACAGUGAACUUGGUAUUCAAGAAGCAUAAAUCCAUAUUGCCGAGUUUAUUAUAAAAUAGGAACACUUUAUUUGUAGAGAUAAGUUCACUUCUCCAUUACGCUAUUAUAAGCGUUAAACAAUGUACGAAUAUUAAAAUUAUGUUAAAAUGAAAUAGGUAACUGCUGUGAUUUUACUAGUCAGCUUAUAAAUCAUUUUACAUUAGACAGCUUGUAUGUUAUAUGUUUGAAUAUCGAUAUAGGCGCGUAACAUCUGGUUUUAAUCUAUAUUUAGAAUAGCGAUGUACCUACCUGCCAGACAAAAUACCAAUAUAGAUUUUAUAUUAUGUUGUGUGUAUGCGCGCCUCGAGAGAACGCGGAACUUACCUAAAAGUGAUAUUAAUUUAAGCGACUCGUGCUAGGUUCAUUUUGUAUGUGGUAUGUAAGUAUAAUAAUUGUAUUUAAGUCCAUAAUUAACUGCCAUUGUAUAUUGGUAGCUUUAGAUUAAUGUUUACGUAUGCACAAUUAGAACAUGCACUUUAAAAUUCGUAGUGAAUAUUAUUUGCUCAAAAAUAGGUAUAAAUAUACCGAUAAAUUGCUUUUGUUAAUUAUCAAUAUUCAUUACGCAAAAGUAGUACCAACACGAUAUUAUACUCUGAAUAUCUCAUUUAUUAAUUUAUAGCACUGCAAAUACGGAUGUUUUUACUUAUUAUUAUGAUUAUUUUACAUUGAAGCUUUAUUAAUUUUGUUUUUAAUACUACAUAAUAGCAAUACACAUAGAAUUAAUACUGGUAUCAUUGUUAACGUGUGAUGUGUAAAAUGUGACUUGUCUGAUGUGAAUCUGAUGAUUAAGGAAUAAAUGCGGAGUAUUA